GAUAUGAAAUCAAUAAAUGUACCAAAAAAUCAUCAAGGAUAUGGUCUAGCAAGAUUACUAGCUGAAACAGCAUUUACAUAUGCAAUUAUAAAUAAUUAUUAUUUAAUAUUAACAUGCAAAUACAUGCAAAAAGUAUAUCUAGCAAAUAAAAUUGAUGAACUUGAAGAAUUAAUUAUUUCACCAGUUGAUAUACUUGAAGAACCAGGUAAAUUUGAUCCUGACAGUGUUGAUGAUUUACCAGAUCCAGUAGACAGUUCUCCAGAAGCUAAAAAUCCAGUUGAAUAAAUUAAAUUAACAACAACAAAAAUGGAGAAACUGGAAGAGACUGAUUAUCAAGCAAUAAUCAUAUGGUACUGUCAACAAUAUUAUUACAACAUGAUGCAUCAAUAUGCCAAAGAAGCACAUGAAAAAUACCAAGAUUCAGACAAUAUUAACAUACUAUUAGCUGUUUCUUAUAUACUAACAAAUCGUCCAGAAGAUGCUCUUCAACAAGUAUCAGGUUUUAUUGAUGCAGAUGAUAAAAAAUUAUCAGCAUUAAUUAUUCAAUCAUUUGCAUAUCGUUUAAAUAUCAACAAAGAUAAACAGCUGAUAAUUCAAAUUGAUAAUAAAAUACAUGAUGAACGUAGAAAAUUAAAUUUUUCAUCAUUAUCAAAAGCUGGAUUGAUAUAUUAUUUAUUUAAAAAAUAUGAAAAAGCCAAAGAAUAUACUGACAAAGCUUACAAAAUAAAUUCAAAUGAUUUUGAUGUUUUAAUUAAUUCAACACUCAUUGAUUUACAAUUAUACAAUGGUAAAAAUAAUUAUUUAUCAAAGCUAAUGAAUGAUUAUCCAAGAAAAUUAAUUGUACUAUUAUUAACAUCAAAAUUUCAUGAGAUAAAUAAUACAAAUGAACAAUCAAUAUUAAUUUUAAAUGCACUUAUUGUUAGAUAUGAAAAAUUAACAAUACCAUUUAUUGAAAAAUUGGUUAAUUAUUUAUCAUUGAAAAAUUGGGAACAAGUAUUAGAAAUAUCAAAUAGAAUAUUAUCAAUUGAUCCAAAUAAUAUUGAUGCAUUAAAAGCUGAAAUAAUUGUUAAACUAUGUAAAGAUAAUGAUUUAAUAACAGCCGGUAAAAGUAUUCAUAUUUUAUUUAAAAAUUUACAACGUUAUGAAAAUAAAAAUAUCGAAAUAUUUAUUAUAAAUAUAAAAUUAUUAAUGAGUUUAAUAACGAGUAAAGAUAAUAAUUGUUUACUUGAAUUAUCAAAAGUAUGUGAAAAAAUAAUUCAAAAUGAUACAAAUGUAAGUGAGCCAAUGAUUCAACUUGGUAAUAUAUUUUUAUUGUUGAAAAAUUAUAAAGAAGCUGAGCAUUGGUAUAAAAAUGCAAUUAAAAUUGAUAAUAGAUCAUUUGAAGGAAUGAUGGGUCUAGCUUAUUGUCAACUUAUGGAAAAAACACCAGGUUCUUCUGACAUUGCUAAACAACAAUUGGAUUUUUUAAUGGAACUACAAUCAUCAACAAAUAAUAUUCAUCCAAAAUUAUACUAUAUGUCUGCUAAAAUUCAUAAAAAUAAUUCGAAACAAUCAAUUGAAAAUCUUGAUAUGGCAAUUAAAUUGAUAUUAAAUAAUAUUGAUAGUUAUUCAUAUGGUUAUAGAUAUUUGUAUGAACUUAAUCCAUCUUUUUCGUUGGACAUUGCUGAAGAAUAUUUGCUGCAUUUACCAAAAAUAACUGUGUCAAAUAAUGACAGUACAAUUGACAAGCCAAUAUUGAUAAUUUUAGAAAAAAUAACAGAUGCUUGUUGUGGUUGUAUCAAUGGACUAUUAUUAUUUGCAAAAGUUAAGUUGUAUUAUUGUGAUUAUGAUGGUGCAAUGGCUAUAUUAAAAAAGCUGUUGGAUAAUGUUGAUUCGACAAAUGCAACAGCUCAUUUGUUGAUGGCACAAAUAUUUAUAAAUCAAGGAAAUUAUCAAUCAGCAUCACAGAGUUUAGAAGUUGGUCUUAGUUAUAAUUUUAAAGUACGUGAUGAUCCAUUGUAUCAUUUAUUAACUGGUAUUAUUGAAAAACAAAAUAACAAUAUUGAAUUAUCAAUUGAUAGUUUAAAAACAGGAAUGUCAUUGAUGAAUAACACGUCAUCAUCGUCGUCAUUUUCAUUGGCUGAUCAAGCAACAAUAUAUCUUGAGUUGAUAAAAAUAUAUUCUGAUAUUAAAAAAUUUGAUGAAGCUAAUGCAUUGAUGAAUGAAGCAAUACAAAUAUUUUCAUCAACAAUUGAAGAGAGUAGAAUUAAAAUUGGUCGUGCUGAAUUGUCAUUAGACAUGGAUGACAUUGAUAGAUCAAUAAAAUAUUUAUCUGAUAUUAAACCAAAUGAACCGUACUAUCUUGAAGGACAUAAAAAAUUAGCUGAAAUACAUUUAAAUUAUCGUAAAGAUCGUUAUGAAUUUUCAAAAUGUUAUCGUGAACUUGUUGAGCAUUGUCCAUGUUCAAAAACUUAUAGCAUGCUUGGUGAUGCAUAUAUGGCAAUACAAGAACCAGAUCGUGCUAUUGAAUCAUAUGAAUUGUCAUUAAAAAAUAAUCCAAAUGAUAAAAUUUUAGCAAGUAAAAUGGGUAAUGCAUUAAUUAAAACUCAUCAAUAUACAAGAGCUGUUGAUUAUUACACUGAUAUUGUACGUCAAAAAAAUUGUAAUGAUUUAAAAAUUGAUAUGGCUGAAUUAUUUAUGAAAAUGAAACAAUAUGAUAAAGCUGAAAAAAUAUUAAUACAAGAAUUACAAGAUGGACGUUUAUCAUCUGAUUUAAAUAAUCUUGAAUUACGAGGUAAACAAUUAUUACUAUUAGCUAAAAUACGUGAAAAAUCUGAACGUAUUGAUGAUUCAUUAAAAACAUUAAAAGAAGCUAAAGAAAAUCAAAUACGUUGUAUACAAAGAGCAUCAAUAAGCUCAGAUGUUAUUGUUAAAAAAAAUAUAUUAGCUGAAAUAUGUUUAACAAUGGCUGAUUAUUCAACGACAAUUAGAGAUUUUAAUCAAGCAAUUGAACAUUAUAAAGAUGUAUUACAAUAUCGUAAUAAUGAUAUAAAUGCAUUGCUUAAUUUAUCAAAAUUAUAUAUGCAAAUUAAUGAUCUUGAUAAAUGUCAACAGUAUUGUACAGCAUUAUUAAAUGCUGAUCCAAAUAAUGAGUUAGCAUCUGUUAUGAUGGCUGAUUUGGCAUUUAGAAAAGUUGAUUUUGAAACAGCUGCAUUUCAUUUUAGACAAUUGCUAAUGAGACGACCAACAUAUUGGACAGCAUUGGCAAGACUAAUUGAAGUAUCAAGAAGAACUGGUAAUAUUGAAGAUUUAAAUGAAUGGUUGUUACGUGCUGAAAAUGCAACAGAAAAUUCAAAUAAUGAUGCUGGUUUUUAUUAUUGUUCUGGUUUACUUGAUUGGCGUUGUGGUAAAUUAAAUUCAGCUUUACGUAAAUUUAAUGCAGCAAGAAGAGAUCAAGAAUGGGGACAACAGGCAAUAUAUAAUAUGAUUGAAAUAUGUUUGGAUCCAGAUGAUGAAUCAUCAUUGUCAAAUGAAGCAUUUAAUGAAGAAGAUGCUGAAUAUCAAGAUUCACGAACAAUGGCAUUAAAAACAGCACAAAGAUUAUUACAAGAAUUAAAUCCAAAAGGUAAUCCACAUGAAAUGUUGACACAUAGACUAUUGGGUAAUUUUUUUUUAUUAACAACUAAAAUUAAAACAAAUAUUGAAAGAGCAUUGGCUGAUUGUACAAUACUUGCUAGUCAAGAUACAUUGAAGGAUCAUGUUGGACCAGCACUUGGUCUUGCAACUGCUCAUAUAUUAUUGAAACAAGUACCAAGAGCAAGAACACAUUUAAAACGUGUUGCUAAAAAUUUAUGGACAUUUGAAGAUGCUGAGUAUCUUGAAAGAUGUUGGCUUAUGCUUGCUAAUAUUUAUGUACAAUCAAAUAAAUAUGACAUUGCUAAUGAAUUGUUGAAAAAAAUAUUACAACACAAUGCAACGUGUAUUAGAGCACAUGAACUUGCUGGUUAUAUUUCUGAAAAAGAACAAAAUUAUAGAGAUGCUGCUAUUUGCUAUUCACAAGCAUGGAAAUUUGGUGGUAAAUUAAAAUUACAAAUUGGCUAUAAAUUAGCAUAUUGUUUUUUUAAAUGUAAAAAAUAUGCUGAUGCAAUACAAGCAUGUAAUGAAGUCCUAUUACAAAGUCCAGAUUAUCCAAAAAUACGUAAAGAUAUACUUGAAAAAUCAAUUAAUAAUAUUCGUACUUGAUUAUUAAUUUUAUUUUUUGUUAAAAAAAAAUUAUUAUAAUCCGUCCAAAAUUAAUAUUUUAAAUAAUUUAAAAAUAAAACACAAGUAAAAAUUAAUAAAAUAAUUUUUCCAUUUAAAUUAUUGAGUUUUAAAAAAAUCAUAAUAAUAAUUAACAAUUAUUGAUGGUUUUAAUUAUUUGAUUAUAUUUAAAUUAAUGUUUUUUUUUUUCAUCAUUAUUUUUAUAUUUACAGACACAGAUAAAUUCUUUAUAUUUAUUUUUGCUCAGAAUUUAAUUAUUCUUUUUUUUUGUGCUUGUAUUUCGAAAUUUAAUUUAUAUUUUUUUCUUACGAGUAUUAAAUUAAUUUAUAAUACUGAUUAA